GGUUUCAGAAAGCGAGCGUUCACUCCGACCUGUAACCGAGCUUCGCAGAACCAAAACAAAUUCCGGCCAUUUCCCGGCGCUCGAAAACGAACAGAAAAUGGAUCAUCCGAUCUAUCACGGGAAAAUCAACCGGGAGCUCGGGGAGAAGUUGCUGUGCAGAAACGGCAAGGACGGGAGCUACUUGAUCAGAGACAGCGAGUCUUUGCCAGGAGUCUACUGCCUGUGUGUCCUGUACUCUGGAUUAGUUUACACAUAUCGUGUUUUCAAGACUCCUACUGAUUCAUGGACUGUUGAGACUGCACCUGGAGUACAUAAGAGGUUGUUUCGUAAAGUGAAGAACUUAAUUGCUGCGUACCAGAAGGAAAACCAAGGCCUAGCAAUACCUUUACUGUAUCCAGUGUACAAGCAGAAAGGUGUUGAAACAGAAGAAGAUUAUCUCAUGAUGCAACCGGCUGAAUGAUUCCAUGUUCUUUCUCUAAUUUCUGAAGUGAUGUUGGAUUGAACUUAGUAUACGUACUUGCUAUUGAAAUGGGCUGCAGCAGUCAUCCUGAAUAUGUCUUCUUUGAUUCUUUGCUGGUCUGACACUCUCAAUAUUCUAAAUAUUGUGUUGUUUUUCUAGAGUACCAGAUGCUUAACUAGCAAUUCCUGUUCUUGAUGUGUGCUCGAAUCAAAGCUCUGGCAUAUUUCAGUACUCAAGUUCUUGAUGAAGCAUAACGCUCUUAUUUCAUGUAUUUAUUUAUCUGUUUUCCAAAUUUGUUCAAGAAUGGAUCUCAGCAACUUCCAUAUCUAUCUAAAAGCACUACUGACAUUCCACCAGAAAAAGAAACCAAAAGAAGUUUAUUUCUUUACCACUUGUGUGAUUUACUUUAAAAAGACUUUUUGUUGAGGCUGCAUUACUGUUGGUUAUUAAUAAUAGCACGUCAGUGAGAAAAAAAUGAAAACAUAUUUACAUUGUAAAUAUAAAGAACCUGGUUUGUACAGGAGAUGCCCUGUUUUCUCAUUGCUGUGAGAAAUUGGUCUCUUGGGUUUUCAUGCUGUCUCUCAAAGGUUAUAGCAGGAGAUUGAACACCUCCUGUAGAAGCUCUAGGCCAAUAUUUUGCCUGAAACUAGUGACAAACCAAUUUCUUUCAAUAACAACUGUAUGUGGAUGCGUAAUGUAUGCAAAGAUACAGAUAGCUGAACAAACCUUGCUCAGCUCAACAACAGUAACAUCACAGCAUGACAUUCUGGCUCUUAAUUAGCAGUUAGAAGAUUAUUAUAUAGUCACAUAAUGGGUUGUUACAUGGAUGCCACAUCAAAACUUAAUUACAAGCAGUAAUAAUACUUCAAUAUCAAUCUCCUUUCCUAAAAUGAUUUCUCCCUGAAUUUGGUUAAGACCUGUUAGUAAUCAGAUGAAAUUAUUUCAUGCCCAAGAGCCAGUUGGGAAAGUUGUGCAUAAUAUUAAAAGAAAAAGAUAUGGCAAGUAGAUUGAAGUGAAAGACAGGCUUGAGAUAUGAACUUAUGAUUAGGAAAAAAUGUUCUUGUUAUCUACUGAAAUGGAUUGCUACUGAAUCUUUUCUAAAGUUGUUUCUAUGAAACAUAAGAUACAUUACAUGUUUUUGUUAACUGAUUGAGCCAACGUCAAGCAAUAAUUGUGUUCCCUUUAUCCUUUCUUUUCUCAUAUUUUCUGCUCCAUCCAAGUUAUGAAAACUGUGCUAUGUAACUCGAUGCAAUGAAUUCAUCAAAUUAUUCGAUUAGUUGUUUGAAGAUUUACCAACUUGUUUUGUUUUCACAAUUUUCAUCUGGAGCUGUUCAAUUUUUACUCAGAAAGUUUCUAAACUGGUAAUUUUUAAAAACAUUGGAAGUGGAAAAUUAAAAAGUUGCCUUUUGAUUUCUAUAUUCUAAUCAUUUUAUAUUUGUACUUCACGGUUACUUAUGUCUUGAUGCAGUGAUAUUCUGUAUUGUGCAUACAGUACCUUGUUCUUUUCUUGUGGACAUCUUUGACAUGAUUGUCCUGCAGGCCAUUGAACUACUUUGAUCACCACUGUUCUGUACAGCCCAACUGUCUUUCUGUUUCCAGAUCUGUCACUGAUCUCAUGUUGUCUGGAGAUUUUCCAUCAAAAUUUUCCCACCUUAUAAUACUGCAGCUCUGCACGGUUUUCUUCUAUCUUCCCAAAUUUACAAACAGGUCUGCCCUGAUAGACCUAUAGUUUCGGUUUGUUUCUGUCUCUCUGAGCUUAAUGUUUUCUACGUUGACUGUACAUUUUCUCAACUUGUCUAGUCUCAUUUACAUUUUUGAUUCUUCUAUUUUUCUAAUGGCAUUGCAACAAUCACUAGUUUGCUGGCCCAAGUUGCCUCCUCUUCAGUACGGGUGUCCAAUCCUUCUACAUCUCAAUCCCCCACUGGGAAUGAGGGAGGACUCGCCACUUCUGUCUCAAAUGAAGUCGCUAACAGCAGCCAUCAAACACCAACUGUUAUCUCAUUGAUCAAUCUCUUUUUAAACUUGACUUAUUCCCUCCAAAUAAAUGUGCGCAUAGAUAGUCUUUUUGUAGAGUUUAUUAAACAUUCCUUGUUAAACAUUCUUUGUUAUAGUUCAAGUCAGAGCCUUCUCACAACUCUUUUACUGUUAUAUUGAUUAGUAUGUCAGCAAUGCAUCUUGUAACCCACAUCCUACAAAUAACAAAAACUUCAGGAAAAGGCUAUCUACUAAUAUUCAUCACAAACACACCAAUUGUGACAAGUUACCUUUACUACACUUUCUCAGACCUGGUUUCCUUUAAAGACUCUAUUUCAUUCUCCCUUUCUCUACUUCUGUCACAUCUUUUCCAUCUUUUAAAUGCAGUGCUUCCUCCAUGCCUUCCUUUUACCCUUGUACUCACUUUUUACCCUAAUUAAGGAUCAUAUUUUGCUUUUUCUGCCAUAUCCAGCAUGAUGCCACCACCAGGCACAUUUUCUCCUUCCUUCUGCUUCAGCAUUCAGCAAGGACCAUUCUGUCUAUAAGAUCCUGGUGCACUCCACUGCCAGCCAACAACUUAUAUGCCUCCAACUGAUCCACAUGGUACCUGCCCACGUAACCACAGGAGACGUAACACAUGUCCUUUUACCUCCACACUCCUCCUCAUUGUCCAAGGUCCCAAACAUUCAUUCAAGGUGAACCAGCAAUUUACUUGUACAUUUUUCAGUCUGCUGUACUCACUGCUCAUAAUGAAAUAUCUUAUUGGGAGACCAAAUAUAGACUGGGUGAUUGUUCUGCUGAACGCCUCUGCUCAGUGUGCAAGCAUGGCUCCAACCUUCCAGUCACACCAUUUUAAUAAACCACCUUGCUCUCAUGCUCACAUUUCCAUCGUAGGCCUGCUGCAGUGUUUCAGAUGUUGGAAUACUCCUCACUUUCUAUUUAGGCUUUUCCCAGCUGCCAGGACUCAACAGAAAGUUCCAUAAUUUCACAUCACGAACCACGUCUUGCAUUCUAUUUUCCCUGCCUCCCAUGAAAUAGCUGGUUUUCUUGGUUUUGCUUUCAGCAUAGCUAAUCUAUGUUCAAGUGUCAACAUCUACUAGUUACACAUUGGGCCUAUCUCAUCUUGACAACCAACUCACUCCCAUUGGCUUUUCCGCUGUGACCCUUGUGACCUCUAAACUGCCUCAUCCUCUAUCCGUCCAUGAUCUUCUGUUCUAGAACAUAGAACAUAGAACAGUACAGCACAGAACAGGCCCUUCAGCCCACAAUGUUGUGCCGACCAUUGAUCCUCAUGUAUGCACCCUCAAGUUUCUGUGACCAUAUGCAUGUCCAGCAGUCUCUUAAAUGUCCCCAGUGACCUUGCUUCCACAACUGCUGCUGGCAACACAUUCCAUGCUCUCACAACUCUCUGUGUGAAGAACCCGCCUCUGACAUCCCCUCUAUACUUUCCUCCAACCAGCUUUAAACUAUGACCCCUCGUGUUAGCCUUUUCUGCCCUGGGAAAUAGUCUCUGGCUAUCAACUCUAUCUAUGCCUCUCAUUAUCUUGUAUACCUCAAUUAGGCCCCCUCUCCUCCUCCUUUUCUCCAAUGAAAAGAGACCGAGCUCAGUCAACCUCUCUUCAUAAGAUAAGCCCUCCAGUCCAGGCAGCAUCUUGGUAAACCUCCUCUGAACCCUCUCCAAAGCAUCCACAUCUUUCCUAUAAUAGGGCGACCAGAACUGGACGUAGUAUUCCAAGUGCAGUCUAACCAAAGUUUUGUAGAGCUGCAACAAGAUCUCACGACUCUUAAACUCAAUCCCCCUGCUAAUGAAAGCCAAAACACCAUAUGCUUUCUUAACAUCCCUGUCCACUUGGGUGGCCAUUUUAAGGGAUCUAUGUAUCUGCACCCCAAGAUCCCUCUGUUCCACCACACUGCCAAGAAUCCUAUCCUACUCAGCUUUCAAAUUCGACCUUCCAAAAUGCAUCACCUUGCAUUUAUCCAGGUUGAACUCUAUCUGUCACCUCUCAGCCCAUCUCUGCAUCCUGUCAAUGUCCCGCUGCAGCCUACAACAGCCCUCUAUACUGUCAACGACACCUCCAACCUUCGUGUCGUCUGCAAAUUUGCUGACCCAUCCUUCAAUCCCCUCAUCCAAGUCAUUAAUAAAAAUUACAAACAGUAGAGGCCCAAGGACAGAGCCCUGUGGAACACCACUCACCACUGACUUCCAGGCAGAAUAUUUUCUUUCUACUACCACUCGCUGUCUUCUGUUGGCCAGCCAAUUCUGUAUCCAGACAGCUAAGUUCUCCUGUAUCCCGUUCCUCCUGACCUUCUGAAUGAGCCUACCAUGGGGAACCUUAUCAAAUGCCUUGCUGAAGUCCAUAUACACCACAUCCACAGCUCGACCCUCAUCAACUUUUCUAGUCACAUCCUCAAAGAACUCGAUAAGGUUUGUGAGGCAUGACCUGCCCCUCACAAAGCCGUGUUGACUGCAUUUAAUCAAGCCAUGCUCUUCCUGAUGGUCAUAAA